AUGUGGAAGGUGAACUUUGGGUGGAAACCAGCCCAAGUGGUGGCAGACGCGGUAUCUGCUGCGGAGCGUCAUGCAGAAGCACAUGAGACAGCAACAGUGGCGUUGCAGGAGGUCAGCGCAAAGUACGAACAGGAAACACAACGAGGUGUCGAUUUACAAACAACCUGCGCCCAGCUACAGGAAGAUCGUGAUGAGCAGGCUCGCAGUGCCCAGGAGAGCAAGGUGGAAACAUCUGAAGAGCACGGUCACUUGGCCAAAGCGCGAAAGGACAUUGCAACCUUGGAGAGCCGGCUAGCGGAUGCCUCGGUGGAGAUGAAAAAAUUGCGCAGGGCUGCCGAGUCACUGAACCGGGACUGUGUACGGCUGCACGAGCAAUUAUCAGAGGCUGAGAAGCAACGGAACGCGGCCAUCGAGGAAGUCGCCGUAACAAAGAAAAACCACGAGUCUGUGGUUGGUCAGCUGUUGGCGUCCGACCAAGAACUCCAGGCUGUGAAAGAGCAGUUGUCUGCAAUGGAGAGCCGUCUGAUUGAAACGCAAAAAGUUGUCCAUCGCGAGAUGUCCAACACUGAGCUGCAGACGGAAUACUUGAACGAUACGGUACUAAUCAAAACGCAACAAGUUGUCGACCGUUGCGAGAUGUCGGACGCCGAACUGCAGACGGAGUACUCGGACAAUACGGUGCUGCUAGAAUUAGUCCUAGCGGACCGGGAGCGCGUUAUUGCAGAGCUUCGCCAUGGGAAAGAAGCGACGGAGAACAAGUAUCAUGCGCUCAGGGCCCGCCAGGAUCUGAUAACGUCUUCAGAGAUAAAUAGUCGACAGAGUCGAGAGCUGGCAGAAGAAAGGCAAGCGCGGGCAACCGCGCAGGUGCGGUGUGACGAGCAAGCAGCCAGUCUUGCGAAGCUCUCUGCGGAGUACAACGCGUUGUCAGCUCAACUCCAAUCACAAAUCAAGGAAGAAGAACAGAACCGCGUUUCUGCGCUUGCCGAGCUACAUAAGCAGGAGCUCUCCAACAUGGAGAUCGAAUAUCGGUUGCGGCUGGAGCAGGUGGAACAUGAGCACAAGGAGUCCCUUGAAGACUUGAGGCAGCGCGCGCAGGUGGCAGAGCGAAGGUGCAAGCAGCUGGAGAUGGAGAUCCAGACGUUGAGGGAAAGCUAUGCUGCGGAUGUCGAGGCAAUGAAUGCCGCACAUGAGAGAGCGAUGAUGGAAGUGGUCAUUGAUCACCAAACCGAGGUCCAGGGUCUGCAAGACAACUUAGCCACAUCGCGUGCGGCAAGCGUUGUCACUCAGCGCGAUGCAGAAGAUGUGGAAAGAUUACUUGGAAACAGCUGCAGGAUGGACAUGUCUGAGCUUCUCCCGACUCUAGGAAUCGCGCCAAUCAAGCCUGAGGACGUUCAUAUGCUGCAAGAAAGCGGUACCGACAUGAUUUCGUUAGCGGAAAUCAAUGCUCAGCUGCGAUCCAUGGUCGAGAACACAGAACAGCUUUUGAAUGAUGCUCGUAGGGUGCAGGAACUUGCCCGUGAAAAUGGUGAAUUGACCGCGGAUCUCACCGCUAUCGCUGAGGAGAAAACGAGGGAGCGUGAUACGUAUUUGCAAAAGCUGAAUGACGCCAAGAUAGUGGUCAUAAACACCAGGAAGUCUCGAGAUCAUGCAAAAGAGGCGGUGACGGAACUGAAACAUGAAUUGUCCAACAGAGAUCGCACGGAACAGCUAUACGUGGAGCGCCAGGAGGUCCUGGAUAUGAUGGAACAAGUCUAUGAUGUAGCGCAAGAGACGAAAGAGGUAUCAAGGGCUAAAGCACUACCAAGAGAUUCUUCAAUCACCUCUCCACCUUCUGGGACCUUGGCGCUGGCGGAGCCAUCCUCGAACCCUCCAGUGCCCCCAAACAAAUCAGCUGGUGAAGGGGAGACUGCCCCAGGGAAGGCGACACAUCAAUCCUCGGCGACCACAACUCCCGCAGCAUCUGCGCGAGUUCCAGUCCCCACGGACGUGCCGUCAGCACAAUCCAAGACCCUAGGACUACCCACGUCGCCUGCCACAGGGUUGGAGCCUUCUGCGCCAACGACUCCGCCGAGGACCCCACAGAGGGAGAUCACCCCGGACGAUCCUACGCCAAAAUCGCAAGAGAAGGGCAAGCAAGUCGAUUGGGGCCCCUCACUGCCUCAAGCAUCAUCAUUGAUGGAUUCUGCCCACCAAGCCCAACUCAUGGACGACGACGAUGCGAUUGAUGCUGACACCGAGAGCGAGACGAAGUCAUGGCCUAUGACCCCAGCAAAAGAGAAAUUGCGACAAGAGAAACAGUUGGUGUCUCGCGAGGGCAGGGCUCGCCAUGCGAAAUAUGUCCUUCUGGUGGUCCGUGAUAGACUCGGCAUCAAGACAGAUUUUGACCUCUUCGGUGUCACGAACAUAUCGGCAGAGCAGAGGCGUCAGUUUGAGGAGAGCAGCGGUGAGGAUGGUGGACCCAUGCUGGAGAACAUGAUCCCAGAUCUAUCUACGAUGAACACAUUGUGGAACAAGCGUUGGCUCCAGUUGAUGGUAGAAAAUGCGCGAAAAUACUUCCAGGAGAACGGCAAGUACACAGAAGAUAUCCGGAGCGAAGCGUACUGGGAAGACAUUAUAUGGUCGCGCCUUUCAACGAUGCAGAAGAAAUGGCGGCAACGUCGUCCUCACCAUAAUCCGAAGACCGGGAAGGAAGAGACGAUGGAAGAAAUCCUAGCCCGUCUUGCCACCAGGGAGGACAACCUGAUGAGGAUGCGGAGGCACACAGACGCGCGCACCUAUGUAUGA